CACCCUGUGCUUUGAAAACCAUUACCUUGGAAGCUGAGCUACGCAUGUCACCUCACGUACACAUUAUCCGGCAUGGCGAAGGAGUUCACAAUGUUGAGCGAGGAUACCCGCAUCGUGAUCCGCCUUUGACCGCAGCCGGCGCCCAUGCCACAACAGAAAUCCAACUAGCCAUCAAGCCAGACCUGAUUCUGAUCUCACCUAUGACUCGAACCAUACAGACUGCUAUGAAUAUUUUUCCAUCAUUAGAAGAUCAAAACGGUGCGUUUGCGGUGCCUGUUCAGAUUUGGCCAGACCUGCGGGAAGCACACGACGCAAUCUGCAACAAGGGGCUCUCACGCGCAGAGCUGCAAUCAAAGUUCGCGCAAUUCGACUUCUCUGAGUGUCAUGAAGAAUGGGAUUAUCCAGCGCAUUCCGUCGAGGGAGCUAGGGCAAGGGCAGAAAGCGUAAGACAACGGUUGAAAGAUCUUUCAAUAACGUACCAGCACAUCGUCAUCGUCACACAUCGAUGCUUUAUAUCAUACCUAGUACAAGGGACACGCUUCGACCUCUGCGAAAUGCGAUCGUACAUCUUUAAGGCUGGAAGAGGGGUUCAUGAUGACAAGUUCAUGGAGGAGUUGAAGUGCGAUAAGGUACAAGAGCAGGACUUUGGACCUACAGUGCUGGUCCCUCACGACCGCGAUGGGAAAGAGUUGACAGACACGGAAGCCACCUAGCGACCAGCCAGGCUAUGAAUCAAAGGACGUAAUUACUGACACACUCACAAAACUACCGACAAACAUAGCCAUCUCGGGUAAAUGUUAGAUUACCACUUAUAGAUCGUGGACGAGUCGAACCUGGCGACCGGCCCCACAGAUCACAGCUUCCAAUCACGCCCCUUCAUUGUG